AUGGACGACGAUGCUCGAGGCCUCGCCUCGGCGGCUGCUCCUCCACCACCUCCUCCGAAAGAACAUCCUCCUCUACAACGUCUCCCCUCCCUUUCCAACUCCAUUGCAGCCGCUCUGAAUCCCUUCUCCACGGGCUCUCCCGUUCGUCGAAAACCACUCCCUUCGGGCACAUCCCCUACUGCCAGCUCUCCCGAGCUACCUUCGCCUCAGCAGACCUCACAGUUUUCCCCACCUAAGAUACAAAGGAAGAGGGUUCCAUCUGAUGCGACAACUCAGAUAGGAUUCAACAACAAUUCACCGAGCAGUGAGCAGAACAGUCGAACAAGGGCAAGGACGAACACGAACGGGUCCCUCCCUCGAAUUGCGGCCGAGAACAACGCAGGCUCUCCCAGUCGGAGUCACGCGUCGAAACGAUCAGAUGGUCACUCGGUGGAUGGCGUGAUUGUAGAGGAGGAUAUGGGCUUGAAACCAGGGUCGAGGCCUGCGCCUCUACGGACCGACUCGAACUCCUCUAUAAAGUCACUCACUGUGAAUGACGCGAAGAAACCCCAGACGCCCGGGAGCAAGUUUACGUCCUUCUUCAGCCGCAAGCCAGCCGCAUCGCCAAGCAGCGACUCCUCGGUUACAGAUAUCUCGGACCGCAAGUCACCACUCCCAUCACCCUACGGCCAUUCCGCCAAUGUCUCAGCACAUUCCUCUCAGGGUUAUCCGUUCCCCUCCACUGCUCCCAGAGUUCCCUCGUCGCAGCCGUCUCAGGACUCGAUAGACUUCGACGGUAGAUCAUACGUUCAACCAAUGGGCAGCAGUGAUGGAGGCCGAUUGUCACAGCUCGAAGCUGAGCUUCGCGACAUCAGCACCGAGCUUGCAAACUCGAUCAAACGAGAAAUGGACCUGGAGGAUCUCGUGGAACAGCUCCAGACUGAGGGUCCCACUGCCAACAGAGAGCUAGACCGAACGAGCGACUACUUCUCCGACUCCGGGGCCAGUUCUAUAAGGCCUUCGACGAGUGAGGGAAACACCAAGGAAGACAUACAACGGAUCAAGAGAGAGUCAGAGCAGCUCAGAGCGCAGUUGAAAGCCGACAUGACGCAAAAAUGCCAGAAUGAAAGAUCCAGCAGACAGGCAUUGGAGUCCCACAUUCAGAUACUCGAGCAGAAGCUUUCUCUUACACGACAACAUCACAAUGACUCCGCCGACGUUACUGCUAGGGUCAGGGAAUUGGAGGUUGCACUGGAGGACGCGAGGAGACGACUUGGAGAGGAAAGGCAGACCAAGGAGAACUUCGAAGACCUGUUAACAGCCUUGCGCGUCGACUUGGAGCAGCAUCGAAAUGACAGGGACAACCUUCGUGACGAAGUGGUUCCUCAGUUGCGGGCACAAAUCGAAGGUCUCGAAUCCAGCUUGUCCGAAUCUCAGAAAUCGGAUUAUGAGUUUACACGAAUGCAACAAGAACUCCAGAGCUUGAGAGACGAGAACGCCGCGCUUCAAAGCGCUCGGGCAAUGAAUAUGCAAUUCCAAUCCAUUGCCGAAGAGGGAGAAAUGGUUCAGUCGCCAACCUCGACCACGACGCAUUCCAGGAUGAGUGGUUUGCAAAGGUCUAACACCAUCUUGAACAGAUCGAAUUCCAGAGCCACAAUGAAUCGGUCAAAUUCUCUGUCCAGGUCCAACUCCACGGCCAACCGCGGCGUCGCCGAAAAUCAGCAACCGCUCGCUGAGCAAUUGAAGGACGUGACAGAACAAAGGAACGCGUUGCACACAACUGUGAAAUACUUAUUGCGGAGACAGGAGGCUCAGCGACGACAAUUUGAGAAGCGCCUCAAGCUCACCGAAGCCGAGCGCGAUCGAGCAACUUCAUCACGCAGCAUGAAAGCAGGAGGUUAUGAACGAGAAGUUCGAACUCUGCGCUCGGAAAUCAAUCUGCUGCGAAAACGGGCAGACGAUGCUCUCGAACAGAAAUGGCAGUGUGAAAAAGGUCUGUCCGGUCUGAAAAUGGACCUCGACCGCAGCAAACAAGAAACAACCAGUCUGCAGAGGCUACUGCAAGCCCGCGACGAGACGGCGCCAGAGAUCCUGUCGUCGACGCUCGAGCAAGCAUUGAAGCAGCUUGAGCAGCAGCGAGAACAAGCUCGGCACCAAGAGUCUCUGGGCUCGCUUCACAGCGAGCAGGAGCUUGCCAUGGAGCUCGAGAUGUCAGCUCAAAGGUCUGAGUCGCUGGCUGCUCAGGUCAAGAAACAAAUGAAGACCAAUGCUGACCUCAGGAACCGACUCACCACCGCUGUGGAGAGAGGCGAACUCAACCAACAAGCAUCAGCUGAGCAAAUCAACGAGCUCCAGACAAAGCUCAAGAAACUCGAAGAGAUUAUCACCGUCGCCCAAAUGCAAUCUGAGACGGCGGUGAUGAAGCACGAGGAAGAAGUUCGCGUGCUAAGAGCCAGCCACAACAUACAAUUGACACGCACAAAAUCCGGCCGCAAGACACCAGGAUACUUGACGCCCACAAUGCCUCAUUCUCCCAUGUCCCCCAUGUUUGCCAAUUCUGGGAAGAGCCCACGUCUCGAUCAAACCACGUCGGGACCUGGCAUAGCAUUGCAGCAAGCACUGAAGACCGAAUACCUGGAGAAGAAAGUCGCGGAACUGGAGAAAGCGCUCGCCGAAGCAGAGAAAGAGAUGGGAGAAGUCGUUGGGCGGAUGAACACUGCUCAGAUGGGCGUUGCCGACCUCGAGUCGGAAAGAGACGAAGCCCUCCGCCAAACAAGGCGUCUUGAAGCUGCCAUCACCGCUGAACGCCAGAAGGUGCAGGCGCUCCUCAACGAGGAUUUCGACUAUGCUUCCGACUAUUAA